UUUUUUCUAUGUCUCCUCUUUCUCUUUUAAGUCCAUUUUUCUUUCAUUAAAACUUUCUUUUUUUGCUUAAAUUUUGGUCAUUUUCUUUCUUUCUUCUCCACUCCCUUUCUCGCGCUUCCAACACACACCCCAACACACUCAGUCAGAAGAUGAGGCAGUGAGAAGAGAAAACAAACCAAGGAAGGAAGUACGAAAGGAGACUCUACAUGGUUGACAAAAUUAGAUAAAGUUUGUUUUUUUUCAAGUUUCGGCUGAUUCUUUCUCACCAGAGUUGACGAAGGUAGACAGAGAAGAAUCUAGAAAAUAAUAUGAUAAUAGUUGAAAAAGGGUGUAUUUUAGCUAAUUUCGAUUGAAAUUUCCGCAAAUGGAAUUUCGGAUCCAUUGUUGUUGACCAGAUCUGACUAUCCCCAUUUCACUUUCGCCACCUUUUAACUAUUCCAUGAUUUGCAUAGGUUGAAUUUGCCUCCGUCUCUGGGCUUCUUAGACAUGGGAAAUGGUUUUUUUACAUCCACGUUUGUCAUUCCAGGAUCGUUUUCACUCAUAAAAGACGAUGAUAAUUUAGUUCAAAUAUGACAGGCUGUGGGAUAUCAGUAGGGUGGGAGGGUAACUUUUUGUACUACAUAGAUAAGGAUUUUGAUGGAGGAGAUGUCAACCACGGUUGCAGUGCCAUUGAGAGUAGGUAAUUCAGUGUGUGAUAAGCCAACCAUUACUACUCACAUGGAUGUGUCCAGAAUUAAGCUGAUGACAGAGGCAGGGUUGUUAUCCAAUUCUAUAACCAAGGUUUCUACUGAUACUUUUAUUGCUGAUGAGGAUCUGGACAGUAAUUGUCUUGGGGAGGAAGUUGGUAGUGCAGCAGUCACACCUCCAGAAAAGGGAAGAGUAGAAGAAAUUCCGAUGUUGGGUAUGGUGUCCCAAAAUAUAAACUCUUUGGUUGUCGGUGAAGAAGUUUUAACCCCAGAAAUUGAGGAUGAUGAUUUGAUAUCGCUAGAAGGUGAUCCAAUUAUUGAUAGUUCUCUUUCAGUAGCCAGCGAGAAUAGUAGUUUUUGUGGAGAUGAGUUCAUCGGUUCUGAGAUUUCUGCAGAUUUAGGAACAAGAAGUUCCAUAGAAAUAGAGAAAAGCAUCAACACUGUGAAAAUUGCUGCCAGGGCUACUGAUUUGGGUGUGUCAAAUGUAGUCGCAGAUGUAGCAGUUAGCGUUGGAGAAGAGACAGGAGUUAUAUCUGUCCCAGAGCCUACUACAGGUGUUCUUCAUCAACUAACUCUAGAAAGAUCUGUGAGUGGAACAGUUGGUAGAAGUGUUUUUGAAUUAGAUUGUACCCCACUUUGGGGAUUUACAUCUGUGUGUGGAAAAAGACCUGAGAUGGAAGAUGCACUUGCAACUGUACCUAGAUUUUUGAAAAUUCCUAUUCAAAUGCUAACCGGUGAUAGGGUACCUGAUGGCAUAGACCAAUGUUUCAGGGAGCAGACAAUACAUUUCUUUGGAGUCUAUGAUGGCCAUGGUGGUUCUCAGGUGGCAAAUUAUUGCCGCGAGCGCAUGCAUUUAGCCUUGGCAGAGGAAAUAGAAUCUGUCAGAGAAGGUCUUUUAGUUGAAAGCACCAGGGAUGAUUGUCGAGAUCUGUGGAAAAAAGCCUUCACCAGUUGCUUUUUAAAGGUUGAUUCUGAAGUUGGAGGGGAUGUUAAUACUGAUCCUGUUGCCCCAGAAACUGUUGGAUCAACUGCUGUUGUUGCUGUUAUAUGUUCAUCUCAUAUUGUAGUUUCAAACUGUGGUGAUUCAAGAGCGGUUCUGUGUCGUGGCAAAGAACCCAUGGCCCUAUCAGUUGACCAUAAACCAAAUCGACCUGAUGAAUAUGCAAGAAUUGAGGCAGCUGGAGGCAGGGUGAUACAAUGGAAUGGUCACCGAGUUUUUGGUGUUCUCGCAAUGUCAAGGUCAAUUGGUGAUAGGUAUUUGAAGCCAUGGAUUAUUCCAGACCCUGAGGUGAUGUUUGUUCCUCGUGCCAAAGACGAUGACUGCCUCAUUCUGGCCAGUGACGGCCUGUGGGAUGUCAUGACAAACGAAGANGACCUU